AUGCAGUACUGGCAGCGAAGAAGCGAUUUACGUUGGUCUCAUAGAGCUUUUAACGUUUCUGCUUAUUAUGGUCUGAAAAACCCACCAUUCAAACAUGAUGCUUUGGAGCCAUACAUGAGUCAGAGAACAAUUGAAAUACACUGGGGAGAGCAUCACUGGGGUUAUGUGGAAGGCUUGAACAGACAGCUUGAGAAGAACGACACACUCUAUGGACACACCUUGGAUGAACUUAUUAAAGUGACAUAUAAUAAUGGCAAUCCCUUACCUGAAUUCAACAAUGCUGCCCAGGUCUGGAAUCAUGAUUUCUUUUGGGAGUCCAUGCAGCAAGGAGGUGGUAACAUGCCCAUAUUGGGUCUACUUCAGCAGAUUGAAAAAGAUUUUGGUUCUUUCACUAAUUUCAGAGAGAAGUUCAUAGAAGCAGCCCUCUCAUUAUUCGGCUCUGGUUGGGUUUGGCUGGUUUGUAAGUCCUUUGUUGAGUAA